AGAGAAAGAGAGCAUGGUUUCUCCUCUCCGGUUGGGUGAAUGCCUACACCCUUCCAUGUUUAUGGUUCUGUUCUAUGUUUGUGGCUAUGUCUCCGGGUGUCUCUCCUUCUCCUCCAAGUCCUCUCUCAAUCCCUCCCUUCUUACCCUCAAAAAUCCAACAGGACACACAUCAAACGAGUUAUGUGCACUCAGUUCCCUCCAAAUCUUGGAUUUUGCUCAUAACAAUCUUUCAGGAAGCAUUCCAAGGUGUGUUGGUAAUUUAAGUGCCAUGGAAUAUUCUUUGGAGGGCAGCCCCUUCCAGUUAAAUGUAUCUUCUGGGAAUGGCUACUCUUUGGAGCAUGUGCUUGUGGUGAUGAAAGCUCAGUUGCUUGAAUACAGUAGGAUCCUUUACUUGGUGAAAGUCAUGGAUUUUUCAAGUAACAAUUUAUCAGGAGAGAUUCCUACAGAAAUGACUAAUCUGAAAUAUUUGCCAUCACUGAAUUUGUCCCACAAUUUUUUGACCGGAAGGAUCCCUGCAAACAUGGGUAACAUGAGAAUGUUAGAAUCACUUGACCUCUCUGUAAAUGAAUUGUCUGGUCCAAUCCCUGAAAGCAUGUCAAGUUUGACGUUUCUAAGUUACCUAGACAUGUCUGAUAACCAACUGAUUGGAAAAAUUCCAACAAGUACUCAGCUGCAGAGCUUCAAUGCAUUUAGCUAUGCUGGCAACAAACUUUGCGGCCUUCCACUAAUGGAUAAAUGCAGUGCAGUUGGUUCAGAACCUCGCAGCAUUCAAACUAGUGGUGGACGAGGUGAAGGUCAUGGAAAGUGUCACGCCCCAACCCAAAGGUUCAGGCGUAACAAACGCCACACAUCUAUAGAUUAACCCUAUAAAUGUGUAAGGCCAUUUUUCCUUGGCUAUUAAUACAACCUCCCUUGCAAU